UCUAUAUUCGUUCCACGAACUUCCAAUUAUGGUUGGUUAUCAAAAACGGGGAAGAGGUGCCGAUGAAGAAAGUCGGAGACAAGUUGAUCCCCAAGACCGAAGACGAGUUUGAUGACGAGGACAUUAAAAAGGUUGAGAGUUAUGCAAAAGCAAUAAACAUGCUUUAUUGUGUCGUAAAUCCUGAUGACUACCGCAAGAUCUCUUGCUGCUCAACCGCCAAAGAGAUGUGGGAUAAACUUGAGGUGACGUACGAAGGAACGGACCAAGUACGUGAAGCCAAGAUUGACUUGCUCACCCAAGAAUAUGAGAUGUUCAGGAUGAAGGAGCACGAGAAGAUCGAUGAUAUGUUCGACCGUUUUUCCAAGAUAGUCAACGAUCUCCAUGCAUUAAAGAAGACAUACACCGACAGGGAUCUUGUGCGAAAGAUCCUACGGAGCUUGACAUCCGAAUGGCGAUCCAAGGCCGAUGCCAUCUAUGAAUCAAUCGCCACAUCAAAUGUCACCAUCAACGGUCUAAGAGGUUUCAGCACCGGUCGGCUAAGCCAUGGUUCUGGACUAGCCAUCUACCCAGCGAUGGUAGAUUUCACCCAUGCAUGGGUAAGUGAUCCCGGGAUUCCAGAAUCAUGCCACCCAGCGAUGGGAAGAUCUUCCCAUCGAUGGGUAAGCAGUCCCUCAGCGAAACUGAUUUCCAAAACCAUGCCAAACAGCGAUGGGAAGUUCUACCCAUCGCUGUUUAAGCCUUGGUCCAACAUUUUCACAAGGAAGAAUGCCCUUACCCAGCGAUGGGAACCUUUACCCAUCGAUGGGAACCCAGCGAUGGGAGGGCAUACCCAUGGCUG